AUGGCAACAAGUUUACGAGUCCUUGGACUCGUAUCAAAUGGCCUCGAGGGUUCCAUUCCAAGUGAACUAUGGCUUCUGACCAAACUGGAAGGGUUUCUAGGUCUGUCACAGAAUCCACAAUUGGAAGGUAUUCUUCCUACAGAAAUUGGUCAAUUCUCCAAUUUGAAGGUGCUGAACCUGGAGGACUGUGGUCUCAGAGGGACACUUCCUUCUGAGCUGGGCCAAAUGGACUCUCUGGAGUGGCUCUUCGUUCCUCGAAACAGCAUUAAUGGUACUAUCCCCACAGAGCUUGGGUUGCUUCACCAGAAUCUAUCAGUUCUUUCCCUCUUGGAAAACAAUCUAACCGGAUCACUACCAAGCCAGCUAGGGGAAUUGACAUCAUCUACUGCAGUCAGCGUCCACAGCAACCAGUUAACAGGGACCCUCCCAAGCGAGUUUGGAAAGCUGACAUCACUUACCUUGGGACUCACUUUCCAUAGCAAUCAGCUUACAGGGACUCUGCCAACAGAGCUCUCCAGCAUACUCUCCCUGCAAAAUCUACAGUUCCAAAACAACAGAUUCAUAGGCCAGAUUCCCAGUGAGUUUGGUCUCCUUACCUCACUCAGCUGGCUGGAAAUGGCAAACAAUUCCUUGUCUGGAAUUGUACCUCAAGAGCUGUCAGCACUGCAGCAAUCCCUCCACACAUUGACACUACAAGACAACCCUCUUUUGUCUGGAAGCCUACCAGAUGCACUUUGCCAAACCAAUGGAACUUGCACCAGCAAUAUCUUGUUUCAGUGUGAAGGCAGCUAUGGCUUGUCCUUUGACUGCACAGACAUUUUGUGCGGUUGUGGCUGCGACUGUGGAACCAUUGGAGCAAACAGCACCCAAUGA